UACUCCAUUCUCAUUGAAUUGUACUACCUGCCAACAUUACUCAUCAUUCAUACUCGGAAUCAAAGUCAAGCAAUGCAUGAAGACCAAUCUGAAAGACUACAGUGUACAUUUCGGGCCUAUAGAGGCCGACGAGAUCGGCAAAAUAAGCAACAAUGAUGCGCACUAAAUUUACCCGAAGGGGGUCGAUGUUUGGUGUGGAGGCGGGGCUAGGUUCUCCAGGUUCAACCACAGCAACGACCCAUUCCAGCGACUUUUCUGGAUCAAAAGGUAGUCAACAAGACAAUUGCGCAGACCACCAGGAGGGUAAAUCCUAGGUCACGAGCGCCGAAAUCGCCGGUUCUCCCCCCAAUUUAUCCACCUAUAGGCUGGGCGGGGGUAUAUAAACACCUCUUCAUCCCUCCAGCCGGCGGAUAUUUAGUUGCGGACCUCGAACUGUGCUGUGUGCAGAGAUUGCUUUUUCAAUCGUACAAUUGCAGUUUCAAUUCUCCUCUCCGUUACAUUACCCGCCAUGUCGGCCGCCGAGGAACGCCCAUUGUACAAGCCGUACGAUCAGUUCGUGCUCUUUGGCGACUCGAUUACGCAAGGGUCAUCGAAUUCGGAGCUAGCAUUUGGGUUUCAGCCUGCGUUGCAGGAUGCGUACCAGAGGGUCCUAGAUGUGAUUAAUCGCGGAUUUGGUGGAUACAACACUGCGCACGCCGUCAAAGUCUUUCCAAAAUUCUUUCCGACACCGGAGACUGCCACUGUGCGGUUCCUGGCAAUCUGGUUCGGCGCCAACGAUGCCUCCCUCCUCGAGAGCAACAACAAACAACACAUCCCACUAGACGUCUACAAGAAGAAUCUCACCUGGCUCGUGCAGCACCCCGCAACCGUCGCGCAGAACCCGCACAUCCUCAUCAUUGCCCCGACGCCCGUAAACGAGUACCAGCUGCAGGGCUUCGACGAAGACAAGGGUGACGUGCACCCGACCCGGACGAACGCUCACACGCGGUUAUAUGCGAAGGCUGCGCGGGAGGUCGCCGAAUCGCUGAAUCUUCCGGUUGUUGAUCUCUGGUCGGCGUUUAUGGCCAAGGCUGGAUGGAAGGAGGGCGAGCCGCUUAUUGGGUCGAGGGAGGCGCCAAAUCAUGAAGGGUUCGCGGGUUUGUUUACGGAUGGGCUGCAUUUGACGGCGGAUGGGUAUCGUGUUGUUUAUGACGAGGUUAUCAAGGCUAUUCAGACCACUUGGCCGGAUGAGGCGCCUGGGAAGCUUCCCCAGGUUUUUCCGGCGUGGAUGGAGGCUCCGAAAUGAUCGGCGUGAGAGCUAUGGCGUAAGGGCAGCUGUAGCAAUUAGCAGAAUAGAUCGACCAAAUUAGAAACAAUAGCAAUGUAGACUGCAUUCUUCAGCAGAAAAGUCGGAGAAAACAAGUGUUAAAGAUAGAAUCAAAGCGGUCCAGAAUUGGAUCGGAACUGCCAAGCCUGUGA